CUGAUUUUGGUGUGUCUUUUUAAAUUUUAUAAUGUCAAAUAUUAAAAUUUUUCCCUAUUCUACUAAAUAUAUUAAUUUAACAUGGACCUAAAACCUGUCGUGCUAUGUGGACCUUCGGGUGUCGGCAAAAGCACUUUCAUCAAGAAAUUGCUUCAAGAUUACAAAGAUGUUUUCGAUCUUAGCAUAUCUCACACAUCAAGAAAACCCAGGAAGGGUGAAAUCGAUGGAAGAGAAUACCAUUUUGUUUCGAGAGAAGAAAUUAAUAAAGGGAUAUUGGACGGGGAAUUCAUAGAGCACGCCGAAUUUUCUAAUAAUAUAUACGGUACCAGCAAAAAAGCUAUAAGAGACAUACAGAAGACUGGUAAAAUUUGUAUUUUGGAUAUAGACGUGCAGGGUGUGAAACAGCUUAAAAAUCUCGGAGAUAAACAUUUCGCGCCCAUAUACAUUUUCAUAAUGCCACCGGAUAUGAAAACAUUGGAAGAGAGAUUGAGAGCCAGGAAAACGGAUAGUGAAGAGGCAAUCAUCAAGAGACUAAAUACUGCCGAACAAGAAAUCAAAUAUGCUAAAGAACCUGGUAAUUUUGACGCUGUCAUUAAAAACGACGAUUUCGACAAAGCGUAUUCACAAUUCUUAGAUUGCCUCAAAGAAACAAUCAAUGAAGCUGGACGUCUCAAGCUAAAAGUCUAAACCUGAUCAUUUUUUUACCUACAAUUUCUUUACAAUAUAAAUCAAAUCCUUAGGGUAUAUUUAAAAUUAUCGGUAAAUGAUGUAUUACAAUUUAAAUCGCAAAUAUAAUUUAAUAUACAAAAUUGCUGUUGUGAUUUAUAGGAUUUUAAGUUUCACGAAAUUCGGCUACCAAGAAAUUUAUAUUAUCACAAUUAAUGAUAAAGUAUCUAUUUACCCCAAAAUAUUGGGAAUU